AUGGCCUCAGCUGCACUGGCCGAGAGCUCGGAGGCUCGCGAGCUGAGCUUAGUAUCCAAAGUGGAGCUCCGCAUUGCCCUGGCCGAUUCAGACGAGAAGCUCCAAAAGCUCUUGCAGACGUAUUUGGCUCCGUUGCUGCUGAAGCUGACAUCUGAGAGCCUGGCUGUGCGCAAUAAAGUUAUUGCAGUCUGUCAGCACAUCAACACAAGAAUCAAGCCACAGUCCAUCCAGCUUCCCGUGACCGCGCUCUUGAAGCAAUUCAAAGAGCAGAGCUCGCAGUUGAUCAGACAUUUUGAUUUGAUCUAUAUCCAACAAGGCAUCGAUCGCCUCGAUGCGUCCGCUCGAGUAGAGCUACUGCCUGCCGCUCUGCAGGGCAUUUCUCAGCUUGAGACUGCAUCCGCUCAAACAGCGAGCGUCUUCAAUCUAUUCUUGAGAUUGCUCCCGCUGCUACGACUUCCGCCGAAGGAUAGCCCCGAGGAUCAUAAUCUAAGAGACAAGCUGUCUCUGUCUCAGGCAGAUACGCAAUGGUUAUCACUGUGGUUUAGCAAGCUGCUUCUGCUCUCCCAGGCGGCAAAAAAUGCCACUACUUGUCCAGGACUGUCUCCAUCGGAGUAUACAUUUCUGAACAGGUCGGCUUCUUUCGAGGAGACAUGGAAUCCUGCUUUACAGGGUGGGCUAAACUUAACCGAAACAAAGUCCUUUGUUGCCAAGUUUCUCGCGAGCGGUGCUUUCGAAAAUCCAUAUCGAUUCUUACCGGCGGUGAUUCUGUCUGCCGACUCGAACUCCCGUCUAGCAGACAUUGGCGACGAUAUUCUGAAACGGUUCAAUCCAGACCUUGAAAGUGCCGAAACUGUGGAGCCGCUAUAUAAGCUUUACUUUGGAACUACUGGCAAUGAUGCAGCACUUCCAGCACGCAUUCCGCUGCAGGUGAAAAUUCUAAGCUUUCUUAGUAAAUCUGUGAAGGCUACCGCGUAUACAGAUAGAAUCAUCAAGUUGCUUGACGAAGGACUGUUUUCAGAUAUUGCCAAAUCCGUGCAGGGACUUCAAGCCUCAAAACUUAGGUCUCAGAUCUUUAUGUUCAUUACCUGGGUUGUCCGUAUGGGUGCUCCUACUGAUCUGAAGAUUAUUGCACCGGAGGCUGUGGUGGGACUCCGCCAAUUUGUUGAGUCACAGGGAUGGCCAGACCCAGGCGCCAGCGGUCAAAAGCUAUCCCAGACAGAUGUUGGUUUGCGAGGCUUAGCUUACGAAAGUAUCGGCAUAUUGUCACCAAAGAUUGCUCUGGGUGAUAGCGUAGAUUACAUCGAUAUGGAUCUCCUAAGAUGGCUCUUUACUUCCCUCGCCUCCGACGCCUCAGCCUCGGAAAUCUAUGUCAGUAUUGAAGAAGCCCUCGGUAGCAUUUUGAAUUCUUGCACUGGAAAUCUUCCCGAAGACGUACGGUCAGAACUUGGUAGCUUCCUCGAGCUCCAAAUGAAAAGCCAACCUGGGACAGACUCUUCCUUGAACGGUUACCCUGUUGUUCGCAGUACUCACUAUACCACCGUGAGAUAUGCUAAUCGAUGUAUGCCUUAUUGGGAUCUCACAGCUCGAUGGAUUGAUCUUCUUGCUAUCGCAAGCACAUCUCAUUCCACAAGAGAGGUCAUUGAAGAAGGAAGGAAAGGGCUCCAUCCAUACUGGUAUCGAUUACUCAACCCUGUUAGAGGUAUAUCAUCUUCUACAGACUCCGAGUAUCAACCACAAUACCAAUUCCCUAGCUUCGAACAAGCAGCAGUUCUUCUUGGAAAACUAACAGACCUGGAGAUCUCUCAGCCUAAUUUACGUGGAGUCAUUGCCCCAGCCGUUCGGUUUUCCAAGAAUCUGCUUGUCUGGGAAGCAUUGUCAGAGGCGCAAAUACCCGUUGGCAUCGACCAGGAAUGGGAGUACCGACUUGAGACACUGCUUCAAUCAAAUACACAAGCAAGGGAUGUUGUCAGAGAACUCAUCUCCCAGCAGCCUGACUCCGUGAUGACGACUUGGUUGGAAAGGACUCUAGACGGAGUUGCUUUACCAAAUGCAUCUCAGAGCAUCGAUUGUAGCAAAGAUUUUGUGGAUAUCAGCUCCUUGACUUCAAACAAGGUCCUUACAGCAGUUACUCCUCGAUCGAAAUCAUUGCUGGAACAGAUAUUCUCGACCAACAAUCACAUUCUUCAACGAACUGCUGCUAGAAUUCUUGGCGUUCUUGCUUCGCAUGCGGCCGUGGGAGAAAGUGAUUGUCAACGAAUAUUUGCAGAGCUGCUUGAUAUAAGCAAUGCGUGGAAGGAUGCUGUUGGUCAAGCAGCAAACAAAGUACGCGGGGCUGUUCUCGCCGCAGCCUAUUUCGCUAGUCGACUAUCAUAUCGCAGAAGGUUACUUGUUCUUCCCGAGGAACAAAUCGAACAAUAUAUUACGCUCAUUUUCGAAAUACUGGUUCACUCACGGGACUCACAAAUGUUAGAUGCCGUGCAAGUGACCAUUGGCCAAUUAGCACUUGCCAAUGUUCUCAGCUUGGAAAGACUAUCGAAGGGUGGAGACUGGGAAGCAAUUAAAGCUAAACUAGAAGAACAUGCCAAGAAGGAGCAGGAAAAUGCCAUCCACGCAUUGGGUCAGUUGUCGUUGGCAAUACUACGUCGAACUGGAGAAGACCAAUCUGAAUUCGAUGAUGUUAUGGCUUCGUUGCACGGGCUGCAUGAGAUUCGCAAACCCGAAGUCCAAUUUCCCGUAGGGGAGUCAAUGUGUACUGCUGCCGCAGGCUGGGACUCGAAAUCACUCAUUGGAGAAUUCGAUGUAGACGAAAUCUUAUUAAAGACAAAUGUUCCUGAGAGAAUCCUCGCAGAUUUAGCUGAUAAGUUAAUUACUGACUGCAAGGCACCGAAGCCUUCUCUGCGAAAAGCUUCGGCGAUAUGGUUACUCUGCCUUGUCAAAGACUGUGGACAGCUUGCACCACUUCAGCAACGGCUCCGUCAAUUCCAGGCCGCAUUCGCCAGUCUCUUGGCAGAUCGAGACGAAGUUGUCCAAGAGACAGGCUCUAGAGGUCUGAGUUUAGUGUAUGAGAUGGGAGAUCAGGACUUACGGGAUGACCUCGUCCGCGAUCUGGUCGGCUCGUUCACAGGCAAUGAAGCCAAACUAGGCGGGAAAGUGACCGGAGAUACUGAACUUUUUGAGCCCGGUGCCCUUCCAACCGGUGAAGGGAAAUCAGUCACGACUUACAAGGAUAUAAUGAAUCUUGCAUCUGAAGUUGGCGACCCAAGUCUCGUGUACCGCUUCAUGUCCCUUGCAUCUAACAACGCAAUCUGGUCAAGCCGAGCUGCAUUCGGCAGAUUUGGCCUCAGCACGGUCUUGUCAGACUCCAGCGUGAGUGGAUAUCUUGCUCGAAAUCCAAAGAUAUAUCCUAAAUUGUAUCGGUAUCGCUUCGAUCCGAAUCCAAACGUGCAACGAUCUAUGAACGACAUCUGGCAAGCUCUUGUCAAAGAUCCUACAACUCUGCUAGACACCCAUUUCGAUGCAAUCAUGGACGACCUGUUGUCCAGUAUUAUUGCAGGAAGGGAGUGGCGAGUUCGCCAGGCCAGCUGUGCCGCCAUCGCAGAUCUCUUGCAGGGGCGCUCUGUGGAGAAAUACGAUAGAUAUCUGAAUGAAAUUCUCAGCAAAGCAUUCAAGGUCAUGGACGAUAUCAAGGAAUCCGUCCGCACAGCGGCCUUGCGGCUCUGUCAAGUUAUCACAAAUAUCUUAAUCCGCACGCUCGAAACUGGAGAUACAGAUUCAAAGCGAGCCAAGACUAUGCUUGGCCAUAUCAUUCCUUUCCUACUAGGUCAAGACGGCAUGGAAUCCAGUGCCCAAGAGGUGCAAGGCUAUGCAAUUACGACGCUAGUACAAAUUAUCAAGAAAAGUCCAAGUGCUCUUUUACGGCCAUUUAUGGCCCAAAUCCUAGACAAGUUCUUGUCAUCUUUGAGUUCUCUAGAACCUCAGGCUGUGAACUAUGUCCAUCUGAAUGCGGACAAAUACGGGCUCACAGGGCAGGAGAUUGACAAAAUGCGACUUUCCAGUAUCCGCAUGUCCCCGAUGAUGGAAAGUAUUGAGCGACAUCUUCUAGACGGCCUCGAUGAGAGCGCUAUGAGAGAAGUUGCUUUCAGGUUAGAGGGGACCUUAAGAACUGCUGUUGGCCUUCCGUCAAAAGUUGGAUGUAGCAGAGUUCUGGCUCUCCUGAGCACCAAGAAUCUUCUGUUCCGUCCUUAUGCCGAUAGAUUCAUCCAGCUAUUGACCAAGCACGUUCUCGACCGUAACGAGACAGUCAGCGUUUCGUACAGUGCCUCUAUCGGGUAUCUAAUUCGACUAGCGAGCGACGAACGUGUGCUAGACACCAUCGCGUUUGCCAAAUCACUGUAUUUUAAUUCCGAAGAUACCUCUCACCGAAUAGUAGCAGGGGAGAUUUUGCACUCUAUGUCGAAGCUCUCGAGCGACAAGUUCUCGAAUGUUGCUACAGCGGCAUUACCUUUUGUGUUUGUUGCCAAACAAGAUACAGAUGAGCAUACCCGCGACAUAUUCGAAAAAACCUGGCAAGACAAUGUCGGCGGCCCGCGCGCUGCCGCGCUGUAUUUGACAGAAAUCACAGCGAUUAUAUCCGAGCGGCUAGAUUCAUCCAACUGGGCAAUCAAACACAGUGCCUGCCUUGCGACAGCUGAUGCCGUCACCAGCCUUGGAAAAUCUCUAGACGGACCAACAGCAGAACUUAUCUGGCCCAUCUUAGAAAAAGCACUCAGUGGGAAGACGUGGGAUGGCAAGGAGAAGGUGCUGAAAGCGUUCAUCAAAUUCACCGAAAACGCAAGCGCGGCCUCGCAAUCCAGGGGAGACGUCAGCCACCAAAUGAAAUCGAUCAUCCUCAGAGAAGCCAAGCGAAAUAACGUGGCGUAUCGGCCACACGCCCUGAAUGCCUUGGCUGACUUCGCAGAGAUCCGACCCGAUUUAGACUUCCUUACGGACGCCAUAAGCAUUGUGGGACCAAUCGUUGAAGAUUUAAUUGACGGUGACAAUGACAAGAUGGAAAUAGACUCAAACCAUGCCCCUAAAGCCCUGGAGAAUGAAACGUUGGCAGCGUGUACCGGAUGCCUCCUCCGGUCUAUCAACCCCACAAUUAAAAUACCAGGGUCAGAUCAGCUAAAGUCGGUCAUCACGAAUGUUGAAAAAUGCCUACAAGGAAAUGAACGGCAAGUAUUAGACAAUCUCUACAGCGGAUUACAUGGUGCCUUCAGCAAGAUAGGAAGCCAACUUUCCAAAAAGGAGGAGCAGACGCCCGACCGCAGCAGCGCUUUAGAGCAGGCAUUACAAUUGAUAGCCAACGGGCUAUUGUUUCGUGACUUCAACCCUUCAAUCGAAAGCUUACGAAUGAAGCGUGCUCGCGCUGCGGAGAUUUUCAUCAAGACAGUCUACCAGGCGCAGGCGGUGGGCGUGGGUGCAGGUGUGGGUGUCCUUAGUGACAGCCAACGAGAGCAUAUUGAACUGUGGCUAGGGCAGGAGCGAGCUGAACCGAUUAGGCACAUUUUUAAAUCUGCCCUACGAAAUUUAUGA